AUCUACAGCGCUCGUGUCGACUCCAUCCUGACUUGUGGUGCCCAGAUUGCCAUUGUUACGACAGACAGCACACUCCGACACCUGGAGAAAGUUCAGCUCACAUUUCUCCGUCGCCUUCUCCAUGUACACAAGCGAUCCAUGACUGCGGUCUUAUUCUCAGAAACCGGAUUCACGCCAAUACGUUAUCGCAGAGUGAUUCUCGCCCUUCGAUAUCUGCUGAGGCUCCUGGCGGGACGCCAGACCACCUCGAAGCUCGCUCCUCUUGGGAUUGAUGCGUGCAGAGCUCUAUGGUACCAGAAUAAGUCAAAUUGGCUGGGGGAUAUUGCUACCGUGCUACAAAGCUUG